AUGCGUCGGCGGGUCCUUGAUGCCCUGCCGACGGCAGGACAGGCCGAGGAGCUGGCUGUGGCGCUGCAUUCCGUGGCCCGAUGGCAGAGGUACCGGAAGACUUCGGUGGCGGAGGACCCGCGCUGGCUGGAUCUCAGGGCCUCAGCGCUACGCCGCUGCUGGGAGUUUCGCCCCAGCGAGUUGGUCGCGGUGGCCUGGGCCUUGACCGACACCGGCGCGCUGGAGGCGGUGCAGGUGGCCGUGGAACGACUGGAGGAGCACAGCACCAGGGAGUUGAGCAGGCUGGGCUGGUGUAGCGCCCAGCUACCGCACUGCCAGCAUUUGUUCCAGCAGCUGACCACCGAGAUUUCCCGGCGGCGCCAGAGAUUGAGCCCAUUGGAUGCAUCGCAGCUGGCCUGGUCCAUGGCACGCAUGGAGUACCGCUGCGAGCAGUUGCUGUGGCAGCUGCAGGGGGACUUGCUGCAUCAGCUGCACCACUGCGAUGGGAGGCACCUGGCAAAUACGCUCUGGAGCUUUGCCAAGCUCUCCUUUGGUGACGCUCCUUCCAUUUGCCGCCUGGCGCGGGCCGCGGCCACAUACCACCUCCCAGCCCGAGAGCUGUCGCAGUGCCUCUGGGCAUUGGGCGCCUUGGCGGUUCAGGGCGCCGCAGAGGAGUUGUUACAGAUGGCCAAGGCCCAGGGUUCGCAGCUGAGCGGGCAGCUUUCCAAUGUGCUUUGGUCUGCUGCUCGUUUGAGCUGCGGUCGUGAACUUUUCGGAGAUUUGGCAGGUCUUUGUAAGGAAAAGAUGGAGCACUUGCCUGUGGUACAUCUUGGAGCCAUUGCUUGGGCUUGUGCGGCCUUUGGGGGGCAAGGUUUCAACCCCAACAAACGAUCUGGCUACAGGGAUCCAGAGCUUCUGCGAAGCCUCGAGAUGGUUUCAGCAGAGAGGCAUGCAGAGUUGACGUCACGAAUUUUGGCCAACAUCUUCUGGUCCUUUGCCACCAUGCUGUGGUCCAGCAGCCCGCAGCUGUACCCUGUGGCCCUCGGGCUGAAAGAGAUGCAGCCGCAGGAAUUCGCCAUGCUGAGUUGGUCAUGGGCCACCUUAGAGCAGAAGUCAUGGCUGCAGAAGCUCUUGACGAAGGUAGAGGAAGAUGAACAGAAGGUUUCUUCUCUGCAGCUGCUGAAGGGCCACGAAAUGGCUUGUCUUUCAUGGAGCUUGGCGUCGUUGCAUCCCAACCACCAGCAGCUUCGCAGGCUGCGGGCUGCGGUGCAGCAGCACGUGGCGCGUCCAAAACGCGGCUGGAACGACCAGCGGGGCCUGGCGAUGUUGGCGCGGAGUCUGGUGAAGCUGCAGCUGGGCGUGGCGUUUCAGACGCUGGUGGAUGAAGUGGGUCAUCAAGAUUUGGCGCCAGAUUUGGCUAGCGCUCUCAUCUCAGGGGCCGUGCAGUUGAAAGAUGCUCGCAGGGAAGCAUCCUUGUGGGAGGCCUUGCCAUCAGCCCCUCCCCGCACCUGGAGGGAGACUGAACUUCUUCGAUUUGUCCAGAGCCAUGCAGCCCAGGGCGAUGCUCAAGCUGCGCUGGCAGCAGUCGAGGAGUUUUGUUCCACCCGAAGGCUCUGGUUGAAGGUGGCCGGAGGUCAAAAGGCCCAGCUGCUGGACGCCAUCUUGGGGGCCACGAGGCCCAUGCGCAUCUUGGAGGUGGGUUGCUACGUGGGCUUCUCGGCACUUCGCUUCGGCGCCGCGGUUCUCCCGCGUGGCCAGGUGCAUAGCGUCGAGAUGGAUCCCACGGUAGCGCGCCUGGCCCAGCAGGUGGUGCAGCACGCGGGGUUGCAGCAGGUGGUGACCGUCCACGUGGGCCACAGCGAGGAAGUCCUGCCACAACUGUGCGGUCCCUUCGACGUGAUUUUUUUUGACCAACGUGGCUCCAGAUUUCUGAAAGAUUUGCAGCUCUUGUUCCAGAAGCCUGGCCUGUUGGCAGAGGAAGCAGUGCUGGUGGCCGACAACGUGCUAAAACCGGGGGCACCCAGUUUUCUUUGGCAUCUGCAAGAAGAUCCCAGCCAACUCUGGGAGACCCGUUUGGCGGAAUUGCCAGACUUUGGAAGCUCCAGGGUGUUGGAUUGGAUGUCAGUCUCCCGCAAACGGGCCAAGAAAAUGUGGUGUGCAGGGGCUCAUGUGGUACAGCCGGAGGAGAUAUCUCACUUGACAUGGCAAGCAGACGAGAUGAGAUGGAGAAGUAUUGAAAGUCAUGUAUCUCCCGCAGAGUGGAACCGCUUCGCUGGCUACAUGAAAUCUUCUUUGUUGGCCGCCGGCUUGCGCCUCCCCAUCCAAGACAUAGAAGAUGUUAAGACCUGGCUCACCUGA